AGAGAAGCGGGUGACGAUGGCUUCCCGUUUUUUCUGGAUCCUGGGUUCCCUGUUCGCGCUCUUCCUCUGCCUCGAUGCCGCCUUCCCUUGUAACCAAACGGAUUCUGAAAAUAAGCUUUCCAUUAAGACUUUGAAAAAAAUGGAGAGCGAAGUGAGAACACACCAUAAAAUCCCCGCGGAUCGUCAGUUUGCUGUGCUGCACCUGCCAGGAAGGGACCCCAGUGGCAAAGACUGCCAUAGAAUUAACUUCAACGUUGCCGGGGAAGUUAAUGCUUAUUGCAACUUUGCCCCCUCGUUCACAGAAAUAACGGAUUUAAAGGGCAAGGAAGAGAUUAAAUAUACAGGGAUUUACAUGGUACACAGAUUACAAGUAAAUGUCAAUAACCCACUCAUGAUGAAGUAA